AUGGGGUACUACUUAGCCGACGGCAUUUACCCGAGAUGGCCAGUUUUCUUGAAGACGAUCUCCUGUCCAACGGGUGCGAGGAGAGAGUUUUUUGCGGCAAAGCAGGAGGCUGCACGGAAGGACGUGGAGCGAGGAUUCGGUGUGCUUCAAGCGCGUUGGGGAAUAGUGAAAGGCCCGGCUCGUUCCUGGUACAGGCAUCAUAUCGCCAAUGUCAUGUACGCGUGCAUCAUCUUGCACAACAUGAUUAUUCACGACGAUGAAGCCGCUCCGAGUGCAGGUCAUGCAGCCCCGCCGGUCGUUCGAGGUUUACCCUAUGGACUCAGCGAGAGAUUACAAGCUCAAGAGAGCAUGCGCAACCAACAAGCUCAUAUUGAUCUCAUAAACAACAUGAUUGAAGAAGUUUGGACACGUAGUGGUCGUUGA